AUGGCUGGAUCUUCGCAAGGUUCAGUCCAAGGGCUUAUCGCCAACUUGUCUUUUGAUGACAAAAACCUCGAGUCUAAAGCCCGAAUCAAAACACAGCUUGAGCGGUUCCUCCAGCAGAAGCAGGAUCUUCUCCCACCGGCCAAGUGGUGGGAGAAGAUUCUGCUUUAUAGGCUAACGCCGUUUCCCUCUCACCCCCUUCGCCUUGUCAGUAUUGCACAUGCUCGUGUUACCGACUUCCUAUCACCAAUCAAUACUGACAGAUGUUCAGCCGCCAACUCGAUCACCCAGGAGACAAGGGCGAAAGCCCAUACUCAGCUUGACCUUGUCGUAAAAAGUGGCAAAAGCCGCUGGACAAGGGGUCGGAUCGAGCAGGUGUGCUUCCAGUUUCGCGAUACUGGACGUUGCAAAUACAGCUUCAACUGCAAGCGCCUGAAUGUCUACACGCGUCCUCUCAUGGAUAUAUUCUUCGAGGGCUUCCCGUCUUUUGACUACCGUAACACUAAGCCUUUUGUUGAGGAGUUUACACGCAUGGAAGACCAGCUGAAACGCAAAGAGAAAAGCCUCUACAAUGCCAGAAAGCUCUUCUCGAAGGCUGUUGUUGAAGAGUUCUAUUACGUCUAUGGGAAUGACGAAUAUGACUUGUCUCUCUGGCAAAAGUUAUGCAAGAUCAUUGGCAUAGACGCACCAACCUCCCUGGAGGAAGCGUACACGAUCAUGCGACCCGUCCGUGUCAAUAUUGUUGAUCUAGUGUACGCUGUAGAGUUCGACAUGCCUGUACAACGUUUCGAAACCUUGGAGGAGUUGAGCGAUUACACCAGAGACACAGGAAAAAUUGCCAACAAACAGCAUAUCUACAAUCGUGGCGGGCUACUGGUUAUGCUACUUCGCGAGAUCGACUACAAGUACUAUGGAGAGAGGCUCAGAGGGUCUGAGCUGUAA